GGUCGCUCGGCGCCAGUCGUGGAAUCGAGCGCCGCGGGGCUACCGCGUUGUUUCAAUGUUGAGCCCUCACUCGCGAUCCCAAUAACUUUGUACACUGGAAACUUUUCAAAGCAAUUCCUGCCGGAUUCGAUUGAUGCGCACAGCCCCAGAGUUGUGAGAUCAAAUCUCAGAAGGUGCUCUACCUUGCGAGUAAUUAUAUGUGCAUUGUCGCGUGUUUAUUCGAAUCGGUCGGUCUAUUUUUGAAUAUUCUCUAAACACUUCGCCGCAAAGUUUUCGAAACGCAGCAGCCCGCCGGAAACGGGUUAACGGCCGCAGUGUAUGCACGCCUGCAUCGCGGCUCUUGUGUUUUUGUUGACGGAUAACAUUUUGUGCAGUUAAGUUCCACUGUUCAAUCCGAGAAACGUUAUCUUUACGUUUGUGCGGGUCACUGUGGUCUUUCGCGUGGAACGUGAUGGCUUCGGAUGACGUAUAUUUAGUGGUUUCGCUGUGAAUCGUGUCAGUGAGUGUUAGCCGAGUGUGUUCGGAGGUUGUUAGUGCUAAAAGUUAAAGUGCCAGUAAUGUGACGGUAUACAGAAGUGUCAGGUUAUCGGAAUGUUCACGAAGCACGGCAAAGCCGCACAGCGGUGUCAGCCCCACUCUAAUAGGGGCAGGAAGAAGAAAAAACCCGCACCGCACACGCCUUGGAAGUACUUGAUGAAUUGCCCACUCGUUAGGAAAUGUUUUGGUCUGCAAUUGCGGAGCAUAGAGGAGCCGGCAGGGGGCGCGGGGGGCGGCGUGCCCGCGCCAACCUGCUACGACGCCGAGUGUGCUCGCACAGAGGCCUGGCUAGAUGAGAACCAGGAGUUUGUACACGAUUACUUCUUAAGGAAGGCGACGAGGCAAGUGGUGGACGCGUGGCUAGUUUCCCACGCGACACCGCCAAGUGCAGAGCUUGCGUCUCCAUCGCGCGCUGGUUCGGGAUCAGGCGCUACCACACCUGUCAGGAAGAUCUCAGCGCACGAGUUCGAGCGGGGAGGUCUCCUGAAACCCCUGGUGACCACUGUGGAUGGUACACCGACCUUCCUCGGAGACCAGCCCCCGCACGCCACGCCGUCCAGGCCGCAGCGGCGGUCGAGACACGAGCUGAGGCAGUUGGACGAGAAGGAGCUUAUAUUUGAAUUAGUAAAAGAUAUUUGCAACGAGCUGGAAGUUCGGGUCCUAUGCCACAAGAUCCUACAGAACGUGUCAAUUUUACUCGAUGCUGAUCGGGGGUCCCUGUUUCUUGUGCAGGGCGAGAAGGUAGCUUCACCACAACCUCAAAAUGGAAGAUGCCUGGUAUCAAAACUAUUCGACGUUUGUUCAAAAUCUACUCCAGAACAGAUGGAACAGCUGGAAGAAAUCCGGAUACCCUGGGGAAGCGGGAUUGUGGGUUACGUCGCGGAGAGUGGCGAGCCAGUUAACAUUCCUGACGCAUAUAAGGACGAACGAUUCAACCACGACAUUGACCAGCAGACGGGUUACAAGACGAGGUCCCUCCUUUGUAUGCCAAUUAAAGACAUCAAUGGAGAGGUCAUCGGCGUUGCACAGGUGAUAAACAAACAGAACGACGGACCUUUCACGGCGAACGACGAGAAGGUGUUCGCAUCCUACCUCCAGUUCUGCGGCAUCGGGCUCCGGAACGCGCAACUGUACGAGAGAUCUCAGUUGGAAGUCAAGAGGAACCAGGUCCUGCUGGACUUGGCGAGGAUGGUCUUUGAAGAACAGAGUACGAUUGAACACAUGGUCCUCAGAAUAUUGACCCACACGCAGAGUUUGAUACGCUGUCAGAGGGUACAGGUGCUUCUAGUCCACGAAGCUUCUAAAGGCAGCUUCUCACGGGUAUUUGACCUGGAGGCAGGCGACGACGCCGAGCCUGGCACCCCGCGGACGUCACCAUACGAAAGUCGGUUUCCGAUAAACAUCGGCAUUACUGGCUAUGUUGCGACCACCGGCGAGACUGUGAACAUUGCGGACGCAUAUUUGGACCCAAGGUUCGAUCCAUCUGUGGACGAAGGGACAGGGUUUAAACACAACACUAUACUAUGCAUGGCUAUCAAGAAUUCGGAAGGCAGAAUUAUUGGAGUUAUACAGCUGAUCAACAAAUUCGACGAUCUGCUGUUCACACAGAACGACGAGAACUUCGUGGAAGCGUUCGCGAUAUUUUGCGGCAUGGGCAUCCACAACACUCACAUGUACGAGAAAGCCAUCACGGCGAUGGCCAAGCAGAGUGUUACACUUGACGUUUUAAGUUACCACGCAUCAGCAUCACUAGACGACGCUCAGAGGUUAAGGACACUACGAAUACCAUCAUCAGUCCACUUCAGCCUCCACGAAUUAGAGUUCGACGACAUCGACCUCACAGACGACGAUACACUCCGGGCGUGUCUGCGCAUGUUCCUAGACCUCGACUUUGUGGAGAGGUUUCACAUAGAUUACAGCGUCCUCUGCCGGUGGCUGUUGAGUGUUAAGAAGAACUACCGCAAUGUAACGUACCACAACUGGAGGCACGCGUUCAACGUCGCGCAGAUGAUGUUCGCUAUACUAACUGAAACUCAAUGGUGGAAGAUCUUCGGGGAGCUGGAGUGCUUGGCUCUGAUCAUUGGCUGCCUGUGCCAUGAUCUGGAUCACCGAGGGACCAAUAAUUCUUUUCAGAUCAAAGCAUCUUCGCCGCUCGCCCAGCUGUACUCCACCUCGACCAUGGAACACCACCAUUUUGACCAAUGCCUCAUGAUCCUCAACUCUCCCGGGAACCAAAUCUUGGCAAACCUGUCAUCUGAAGACUACGAAAGGGUGGUCAAGGUGCUCGAGGAUGCUAUCUUGUCCACCGAUUUAGCAGUUUACUUUAGGAAACGCAUACCGUUCAUCGAAUUGGUCAGCAACGAGAGGGCAGUGACCCCGGCGUGGGGUGAAUGCGAGGAGCGUCGCGGUCUGCUCAGGGCCAUGUUGAUGACGGCCUGCGAUCUGGCCGCUAUCACCAAACCCUGGCCCGUGGAGAGGCGGGUGGCGGCUCUUGUAGCUGGCGAAUUCUUCAGGCAAGGCGAUUUAGAGCGGCAAAACCUGAAUUUGACUCCGAUCGACCUUAUGAACAGAGACAAGGAAGACGAGCUCCCCGCUAUGCAAGUCAAGUUCAUCGAUUCUAUUUGCCUGCCUAUUUACGAGGCUUUUGCUGUACUGUCGCAGGCUUUGCAACCGAUGCUAGAUCGGGUAAAGAGUAAUCGCGCCCAUUGGAUCGAAAUGGCCAAUAAUGGUGAGAAAAUCGAUUAUAGUCUCGAAAAAGAAACUCACGAGAAAAAUGAUAAAUCGAGUCUAAGUUCUCAAAAUGUUGAUGACACAGAGAACACGUAUGAAGGUGAUAGCAGCGGCGCUGUCAGUCUGUCUUCAGAGACCAACUCGAAGUAUGACAAUCUCGAGAAUCCAGUCGUCGGUCUCCUCUGCAACAACGCCCUCGCGCCGAGAGAACCCAACAAGUUCUGUCAGUUACACGACUUAAACUAGUUUACGUGAGUAAAUGACAUUGUGAUAUAGUGAAACGCGUCUUAAUUGUGGAUUGCGUCCAUUAACCUCGUAUCUAAGGCCAAUAGAGAAGCCAAUUAGGAUAAUUGUAAAGUUCUCGUAGUUUGAGAAGCACAAUUAAGACAUAUUUUAUUAUUUGUGAUUUUGUACAGUUUACUUUUGCAUUUUAGGAUUUUAUUUGAUUAAUAGCGUUUGUUUCUUUACACAUUUGAUUGAAAGUGAGUAUGUAACAAUUUGUAUCUAGUUUAUACGUAAUGGUAGCUCGAGUAUUACAAUGAAAUAAAUUUAUACCUAAUGUCGAUUAUGUUGUGAUAUCAUGUUAUUUUAAAGUUUUUCACCCGCCGCCGCAUUCACUCGUAACAUGUCUAUUGGUCUGAGUCCGAGGUAAGCAGGCACUGCACUGUACUCGUGCGAUACAAACUGGUGAUGUGUGAUAUUUGAGUAGUUACAUGAUUUAAUCGAAUUUGAAAUUCAUCUAACGCAUGGCGUACCUAUAUGUAGAUUCAGUGAGUUGUCAUGAUCAUCGCACUAUUUUUGUAUACUUCAUCCUAGAUUUACAUUUCUUUUAUAAGUUCUACCUAUAAGAAAUUUAAAAGUAUGUACCUAAAUGAUUGAUUUACCUCAUUCGUCUAUUCCCUAUUGAAAUCAUUUGUGUCAUUCUUAUCAUGUAAUGAUACAUGUAUCGAUUUCAUAUUAUAUUUUUUCUCCUAUGAAUAUUCUAAUCAUAGUAGUUAAAUCAGGGCCUAACUGUCGCCUCUUAGUUGUAACGAUAAAUUGACCAAAAUACCAAAAAGUUUGAAUAGAAGUUAAACUAAAUUGUUAAUUUGUUUAGAGUGUGGUUGUAGUUGUAAUAGAAAAUAGUACAUUCUUUGAGUAUUAAGAUGAUUAAAUAUAUCAUAUUAAUUUGUCUAUAAAAUUUAUGGGUAAGAAUGUUAACUUUUAGGGACGGAGAACACUUACAGCUUAUUUGGUAGUUAUUCUGCACUCAAAAAAUAUUAUUGUCCGCUAUACUUGCACGUAUAUACUUGUGUUUUACGUAUCUAACAAUGCAACCGAGAAAUUAUUACUGAUCGAAGUAAAAUUUUUAAGUCAAGAUUAGAAAAACAAUUGGAACAUUGAUACACCAUAAGUCGUGUGAAGUAGAUAAUUUUAUUCUAAUAAGAUGUACCUAACUGGUAUCUCAUUUAUUUUUCCUAAUAAGUACCUAUGCCAAGAUAAUUUUGCACUAAAUUAUUCUUCGGGUACUAUAUGUUUGGCAAUAUUUUUCGUAAGUAGGUAUUGCUUAUAACAGCUCUUUUACUUACGUUUUAUUAUCUUAUCACGUUUUUUUUUUGUUUAAAAACUGACGUUUUAAUUGUUUGACUUGAUUUCAUAUUAUAUGCCAUAAACAUAGUAAUUUUUACGACACGACAUGUUUGUAAAUAAAAUUUUAUAUAUGACUAACAAAUUGAUUGGUUAGUACUUACUUUUUCCGAUUACACGUGCUUCUAUACUUUUACAUGGAACUUAUUGCCUCGCAUCUUAAAACUGUAUGUGACAGUUAAAACAAGUAUAAAUUAAGCACUUUGACUCAAAAGACCUUAAUUGUUCAUAGUUAUGUAUGUAAAUAUUUACAGGUUCUAUGUAUGUUAACUUACUCUUCAAAGCGUCGGAACUAAAUUUGCCGUUACGAGGUUUAUAUAUAAUGCUCUAAGUAUAUACUUGGUUGUCAUUUUGUGUAACCGAAGUUCAGUGCAAAAAAUAAAAAUUCUAUGAUGUAUUUUUUCCACAAAAACAGUUACGGCACCAAUAUCCAUUCCAGUUUAUUUUUUGGUCCAUAUUUUUGUGACGUCCAUUACAUAUUAUACCCAUUUUAAAAGUAUAAUAUUGUCAAUUAAAGUAGUCAAGUGUAUACAAUUACCGUAAAACCUUUAUGAUAAUCGAAUUUAAAUGCUUUUUCUCAAUAUUAAUGUACAUUUUUCAAAACUGAUACAUUUCCGCAAUAUUUAAAUUGCGUACAAAAAGUAAUUUGCAUCGUUGAAUUUUUGCAAAUAAAAUUACAAAUAAAAAUUUCAUCUAUGCAAGUUAUCUUAUUUGUGGUUUCAAAUUUGGGAAGAAUUAUACCUAUCAGUUUUAUAAAUGUGCUAUCUAUUCUAAACGACGGGAGACAUUCAUUGUUAAGCCUAAUAUCGCUUACAUUUUAAAAUAAAUUUAAAGAAUUAAUUAUGGUUUAAUACAGUAAUGAUUAAUAUCUCAAACUAUAACUGGCUGUGUUUAUUCUGACAUUGCCUCUUCACGAAAAGUGUAAAAUACCGUUCACUUUAAAAAUAGUUUUAGCUUGCUGAUUGCUCGAUUAAAAUUUACCCUGAUGAAUCUUGAGUUGAGUGUAAGCAAGUAUUUUUUAAUUGGUGAUGCCAAACCCGGUUUCUAAACGACGACCAUUUGCCUGUUCAAAAGUCAACAAAAAUGUUAGAUUGGAAUAUUGUUAUUGAACUGAUUCACUUGUUUUCAAUCACUCAUUUGAAAAUACCUCUCUUCAAGCCAAAUGAAAAUCAAAAUGGCUAUUAUAACUUCAUCAGAAAAGCGAUAUUACCCAUUACUGUAUACAUAACCAAGAAAAAAAAUAUAUUUAAUCUAUUAAAAAUUAUAUCCUUCUCUUUUCGUACAAGAUUACGACCAAUUCAGCGUAACAAAAUUUUACAUAAAAAUAUUUUGUAAUUGAAAUAAUUCUCUCUAUAAGUUAGAUAUUUACAACAUGAAAAAAUAAUCUCAAAUUAAUUGUGGUAAACUAUGUACAACACUAAUAUUAAGAUUACUGUAAGUAUUAUUAGAAAGUAAUUAGAGAAUUAAUAAAUGUAAUUCACAAUGAAGAGCUGUAUGGUGUGUGAAUAAUAUGGAGGUUGUUUUGUUCCAAACAAAAAAUGUUAUUUAUUUAUGAUUAAACAAAUUUUGAAAUACA